AUGAAACCCGCUCUUGUCACUCUUUUCUCCCUAGGCCUCGUAAUGGCUACUCCGCCUGAGCCAGUUAUUCUGAAACCUCUUCCUGAUAAGGCUAAUUCGGGAUGUUAUCACUACACAAUCUCCAAGAAAUUCCGAUGCUGCAUUCCUCGUCUCUGUGCCUGCAAAGACAAAAAUUUCUACCUCUUCAACGACGAAGCAUGGAAAAAGACCGGCAACGGUUGCAAUCCUCCCUGGGGCAUCGUUGGAAAUGAUCUGGAGAAACUUGAUGGGUAUUGCUGUAAGGGAUGGAAGGCUCCCGCAAUUAAGACUGAUUGGUAG